AUGGAUAGCAAUUCAAAAGACAGAGAACCCUCUGAAACCAAGGAGGCUGCUAUUAAUGCUGAAACUGCCUCUCUCAUUUUGGGAAAUGAGAAUCUUGUAACUCCUCAGAAUCAUGCAGCUGAAGUCAUUCCUAAUCCUUGUACACCAGAUAAUUUUAAAUCACCUUUGGACUUUUCCACAGUAACUGUGGAGCAAUUGGGAAUUACACCUGAGAGCUUUGUAAAGAACUCUUCAGGAAAGUCAUUGUCCUACCUUAAAAAAUCCAGACGACGCUCUGCAGUUGGCGUCCGGGGCUCUCCUGAGACAAACAACCUUAUUCGUUUCAUUGCUCAGCAGCAGAAUUUAAAGAAUGCAGAGAAGUCUCCUUUGACACAGAAUUUCCCUUUUCCGGGCAGCCCUGUACUGCAUCGAAAUGUUAAUUCUUUAAGAGAGCGAAUAUCUGCCUUCCAGUCGGCUUUUCAAUCCAUAAAGGAAAAGGAAAAAACUACUGCCUCUCCAGAAUUCUCAGAGGCAGAGGGAGAAUUUGAGAAAACAGACUCGACCAGCAAGGAACGUCUCGGCGAGCGCCCGCAGCCGGCGGCCCCGGCGCAGGGGCCCGGGCGCCCGCGGCGACCUUCGCAGAGCAGCCGGGAGGGCAGCCUCGCUACGGCCGCCGCCGCUCGGCAGCCCUUCGCGGUCGCCACCCCUCCCCCGGCGGGGGCCGACGCUUCUCUCGCAGACCUUGCUGAGAAAUCUUCUGGACCUGGUUUAACACAGUCUGGGUGUUUAGUUGAAGAGUCUCGUCCUCCCUCAGAGUUCACAGAGGCUUCGACUGGAACCAAGGCUGCUGACCGUGCAGAGGGCAAAGGGUCGAGAGAGGCUGGUGUUUCCCUUGAUAAAUUCUCAGAAGUGAGCACUGGUCCGGCUCCCGAAGUCAGGCCCCUAGUCACUCCGCUGUGCAGGAGGGGCGUUCCGGCCUCCGGGACCUCUGUCCUCCGUUCUGUGCUGAAGAAGCCCUCCGGGAAGCUGUAUGUGGAAAGCCUGCAGGAGCACUGCGACAACCUCUGUGAUCCUGGGGCUCAGCCCAGCCUCAUCUCGCACCCUGCAAACUGUGGUGAAGAACAAAAUGCAGAAGGUCAAGAAAACUACAAGGUACCGGCCUUUGUAAAUAUGAGGAAGAGGAAGAGGGUGACGUUCGGUGAGGACCUGAGCCCUGAAGUGUUCGAUGAGUCUCUGCCAGCCAACACCCCGCUGCGGAAAGGAGGGACACCUGUCCGUAGGGAGGACUUCAGUAGGAUCAGUCCUGUGCUGCUUGAGCAGUCACCAGUCUCUGAGCAGCUGCCUCAACCAAAUUUCGAUGACAGGGGGGAAGAUCUUGAAAACAUAGAACCUCUUCAGGUAUCAUUUGCUGUUGUGAGCCCUCUUAGUAAGUCUUCAGUCUCUGAGACUCUUUCAGGCACUGAUACCUUUAGCUCUGCAAAUAACCAUGAGAAAAUACCUUCCUGUAAAGAUGGUAGAAAAACGCGGGCCUCUAACAGAAGAAGCCAAUUGAUCACUUUUGCAGAAGAGAACAUUUGCAGCUUACUUAAUACAGAAACUCAGCCGUGCAAAGAGAAGAAAAUUAAGAGGAGGAAAUCUCAAGAAAGCAAGCGCCCAGACAGAGUACCUCCUAAAAAGAAUCCGGUUUUAAAAAGUUCUCGAAAGAAGAAAGGAAGAAAAAAGAAAGGUGUUCAGAAGAACUUGUAUGGGGAACGAGAUAUUGCUUCUAAGAAGCCACUUCUGAGUCCUAUCCCAGAGCUGCCCGAAGCCUCUGAGACGCCCCCCCGACUCCCAGGGGCCCGCCGGGCGGCGCCAGAUGAUUUCAACUCAAAUGGUGAUCUUGAAGAAAGGAAGCUUCCUGAACGAAAGAGUCUUUUCCCUCUGAACUCAGAAGACUUCAGUAAAUACAAUGUGUCUGAAUUCUGCAGUUCUUACAUAAAAAGUUCCUUGUCGCUUAUUAAUGCCACUUGUGAUCAAGAUUCAUAUGUAAAUACUGUAGGAAUCCAUGCAAAUAAAAUUAUUUCAAAAGCAGAAAUCAAGUUGGAAAGUGAAAAUGACCUAAAAACUGGGACCAAGAAUGAAAAUAGUCGUAUUUCUUGUGCUUCUGUGGCUGAAAAACCCAUUGUGUCAGGUGGUCCACAGUCCGAUUUUAUUAAGCAGUCCCAAGAGUUUUCUGCUGAUGAUCAAAACAUGGGAAAUCCUCAGGGCUUUAGAAUUUCAGGAGACUUAAAGUGUGAACAAUAUGAUGACUUAGUAGCUACUGAAGGAAAACCGCAGACCAAGGGCCCAGAGUCCAGCUCACAAAAAGAAUGUGACUAUUCAGAUGUCUUAAUUGAUGAAAGGAAAAAAAAACAUCAAAGUGAGGAUUUGGGAAGCAACGCCACAGGAAGCAGUAGCCGAGUGAGCCGUGCAGGGAAGCAACGCAGGCGCUCUAUGGGUUGUCUUGAUGGUCAGAAUUUACCUUUGGGAAAAAAUGGAAUGCACAGACCUUCCUACAAUGUGGGCAGCUCUGUAGAAAUUGGUCUGGAAAAUUCUGAACUGUAUAAAGAGUUAUCUGACUCCAUAGAACAAACCUUCCAGAGAACAAAUAGGGAAACAAAAGUCCGUCGUAGCACAAGGCUGCAGAAAGAUUUGGCAAAUGAAGGACUUGUAUGGAUUUCACUUCCAGUUCCUUCCACUUCCUGCCCUUCCCAGAGAACCAGAAGGAGAACCAUGCAUACAUUAGACAGCAGAGGAUUUGAAGAUUUGUCCCCUGGGAAAAAAACUGUGUCCUUCGGUCACAAACCGGGGAUACCCUGCUCUGUAUCAGGUCAAGAAAACAGUGAGGACUUUGCUGCCACUUCUUCCCGUUUACCUGGGAAAAGGAGGAGGAGCUUUUGUACAUCUGCCCUUGCACACACUGCAAAUGUGAAGCCAAAAUGCUAAGAAAGAAGGCCCUUUCUCAACCAGAGGGAGAAAGCUCUCCAACCGAUGUAGAGAGAAUGUCAGACAACUACAGCAGUAACUGCCAUUCCCUGCAGAAUGUUUGGCAAGAG